AUGAAUAUAUUUUCAAAAGUAAAAUUAUUACAAUUAACUCAAAUAAAAUCUACUGCUUUAGAUAUGAUAUAUAAUUCAAAAUAUUUGGAACACUUAAAUGACUCUCUUAUUGAUGUUACUAAACUUGAAGAUUUAAUUAGUGAGAUUAAAUUACAAGAAUUCUUCAUCAACUGUAAAAGUAUAUUAGAAAUAAUUGCAAAUCCAAAAUCUAAAGAACUCUUGAAUGAAAUAAUACAAUUCAUACAACCCAUUUUAAUUGAAUCCAGCUCAACUGAUAUUCAAGAAUUAGUGUUGAUUAAUAAUGACUCGAAGACUGAACAAAUUGUCAAAAAUGCUGUGCAUUAUGAUGUUAAAAGAUGGCCACAAUGUUAUAAGUCUCUUUCUAUUUAUCCUGUAAUCACAGAUAUUACUGCAAAAAAAGUAAUUUUGAGUCCAAAUAUAAUGGAAGGAGGUUAUGAUAAUAUAGAACAUUACAUUGACGUACAAUUUCGUUUGCUUCGUGAAGAUAUCUUAGCUCCGAUGCGAGAAGGUAUUCAAUCUUAUAAAAUAAUGAGCAAACUUAACCAAAAAUGUGCUAUAAAAAUGCCUAAUAUGCGUAUUUAUUUUGAGGCAAAGAUUACAAAAAAGUAUACAGAAAAAGAAACAUUUUUAGUAAAUUUUUUCACUAAAGAUGAUUGCUCAAUUAAUUCAAAAAAAUUUAUGUUUGAAUCACUGUUGGUAUUUAGUGAUGAUAAUUUUAAUUCAAUGUUUUUUGCUACAGUAAUAAAAAUGAAUCGGCAAACAUCAUUACCAAUAAAAACAAUAGUAAUUCAACCUCUGGGUAAUAAACCGUCAAUUAAAUUGAAUUCAACUUAUACUAUGGCUGAAUCUGAUGCAUAUUUUUUACCCUACAUGUAUAGUAUGGAAGUUUUGAAAACAUUUGACCAUUAUAACUUUCCUAUGAAAUCGUAUAUUGUGUAUGGAAAAACUAUAUCUAAAGUUCCGGCGUACUUAAAAUACAGUUCAAAAAUAUACAAUAUUAAUGGUUCACAGUUUGAUAUUUUAAAUGAUAAACUUUGGCCAGAUAACAAUGUUUUAGGACUUGACUGUGCUCAAAGAAUGGCAUUUAAAGCUGCAUUAACUGAAGAAUUUACUGUAAUUCAAGGACCUCCUGGUACUGGAAAAACAUAUAUUGGUCUUAGAAUAGCCAAAAGUAUUAUAGAGAAUAUGUAUGAAACAAAUAUACUUAGAAAACCAAUUGUAGUUGUUUGUUAUACAAAUCAUGCUUUGGAUCAAUUUCUUGAAGGUUUAAUUAAUAUCACUAAAAAAAUUACAAGAAUUGGUGGUGGAUGUAAAUCAGCUGUCUUAAAAUCCCAUGUAUUAGGAAAUAUUAAUAGUCCUACAGCAAAAUUACAUUUGAAUAAUUCAUAUGUAGUUGGACUUACUACUACUGGAGCUGCAAUGAGACAUUCUCUAUUAUUGGAACUAGGACCCCCUAUAGUUAUUGUGGAAGAAGCUGCUGAAGUCUUAGAGUCACACGUAGUUGCGUCCUUAACUGAAUCUUGUCAACAUUUAAUUUUAAUUGGUGAUCAUCAACAAUUACGUCCAAGAAAUGCAUCUUAUACACUUGCAAAACGGUUUAAUUUUGAUGUUUCGUUAUUUGAACGCAUGGUAAAAAAUGGAUUUCCCUGUUAUACUUUAGCCACACAACAUCGAAUGCGGCCUGAAAUAUCUGCUUUAAUGAAACCUAUUUAUCCUUUCUUAAUGGAUCAUAAGUCAGUUAAACAUAGAAGUGAUAUUGGAGGUGUUACUAAGAAUAUAUAUUUUAUUCACCACACAGUAAAUGAAGAGAAAGAAAUUGGUUCUAAUAGCCACAAAAAUAUUCAUGAAGUAAAAUUUUUUAUGGAAUUUGCCAGAUAUCUUACAAGUCAAGGCUAUCGUCAAAAUCAAAUUACUAUACUAGUUACCUAUCGAGAUCAAUUAUUAGAAUUUCAAAAGAUUCAAGAAGCUAGUCCUUUCUUAGAAGAUUUUAGAAUUGAAUGUGUGGAUGGUUACCAAGGCGAAGAAAAUGAUAUUGUUCUGUUGUCUUUAGUACGCAGUAACAUUGAUAAUAAAAUUGGGUUUUUACACAUUCAAAAUCGCGUUUGUGUUGCCUUAUCUAGAGCUAGAGACGGAUUAUACAUUAUGGGAAAUAUGGACAAUCUUAUACAUUCAUCGAUAUGGAAAAAAAUCAGCCAGACACUAGUUGAUCAACGAGCUCUUGGCAAUAAAUUAACUUUACAUUGUCAAAUUCAUAAGGAUUGGAUUAACACAGUCUGCAAUAGUAGUGAUUUUGCUAAAGUUCGAUGUUCGAAAGUAUGCAACGUGAAAAUGGAUUGCGGUCAUCAAUGUCCACAUUUUUGUCAUUAUUGUGAUCAAUCUCAUAAAAACUUAUAUUGUUGUAAAAAGGACAUUACUAAAAUAUUACCCUGUGGUUUCAAAAUCAAAAUACAAUGCUGGAUGAGAUUUUUGACUUUUGAAUGUCCUUUAUAA